UAGGUGUAGAGCUAUCGGCUCUCUGUACGUGAGCGUAGUCUACCGAUGUAUGUGUUAGGGACGACAGCUAGAGUCGCUCUCCUGAAUCGCGCGCGCAGAUAUGUAGUCGCUCGCCAACUACUACACGGCUCGUAGUACAGUCCGUCGAGCCGCUUUUACGCCUUUGAAUCAAUCACCUCCUUCGUCUGUUUUCUUCGCACCUACAUCAAUUUCAUGCGUUUCCAUCACGGACGAGCUUUUCACGAAUUCAGGUAUAUCAACGCGGUACGCCUUGGAUAGCUCGAUCAACGAAAUCGACAACGUCUCAGAAACACGUCGCAACUACGGCAACUCGACGCAACAGCUGUCCUUGAUGUCAAAGAGACCCUAAAGAGGCUAAAUGAUAUGUCACAUUGCUGCAGAUCCUAAAGAUAUUUGAAGGAGCCGAAAGAGAGAGAGAGAAAAGAAAUCAUGGUUUCGUCGGCGGUGCUCGGGGCAGCAGCUGGUACCGGCUUGGCACUCGUCAUUGCCGUCACGAUCGUCGUUUACAAGUACUACUCGAUGGGGCGAAAAGUCAAAAGUUGGAGUUCCCUCGAUCGAUGGCCAGGAGAUGCGAAAUGCUCAGCGCCGGUCCAGCAAACUCGUGGCGAAAAAUAUUGCCAACCGAAGCCAAAAGCAAACGGUGAUCGCUUGACCCACGAAUCGGAGGUUCGCCGAGUACUCGAUUCCUGUCGCGGUACGGCUACGUCAUACUGUGCUCUUCAAAAAACUGAGUUCAGCGUGUCGAAAGAUCUGCAGCAUGGGGCGCUACCAACGUCAGCAUCGACGCUCUCCACAGACUCGACCACAGGUCAGCUGCAGCAUCAGUGCAGUCGGAGCAGCUCGGGCAGUCGGAUGAGCCUGGCGACGCGGGCCAUGACGAGCCUGUCCCGUCGACCGUCGCAGGGCUCGCAGGAGCAGCUUCCGAUCAACGAGCAGCAGCAGCAGCAGCAACAGCCGCAGAUCCGCACCUUCGACCCGGACGGCCGCCACCACAAUCACGAGCUGCUGCACGCCGCGUCGUCGUAUCCACCGAGUCGGGGCUCGAGGUCGCCCUCGCCGGUGAGGGCCGCCUCUCUGGACGCCCGCUGCUCCAGUCCGCUGGGCCAGCAGGCCUCGCUGCUGUCGGCCGCCCAACUGGCCGCCUCUCAACCCGGCCUCGCCAGCGCCUCGUCCAGCCAGGCGGCGUCCCAGGCCCCGAGAUCGCCCGCUGCCCGCUGCCUCUCGCCUCUCAUGAUACCCUCGCCUCGGGCCUCCUUCUCUCUCAGCACGGACGGCGGCCUGCCCCCGGCCUCGCCGCUCGGCGCCCUCCAGCCGGACCUCUACCAGCGCCGCGACCAGCCGCUCUUCCUCAGUCGGGGCUCGGGCAAGAGCCUCGGCCGGCUGCGGCUGCGGCUCAGCUACGACUUCGACAAGUCCGACCUGGACGUGCACCUGGUGGAGGCCUCGGAGCUGGCCGGCGGCGAGCACGGCGGCUUUCAGGAUCCCUACGUCAAGCUGAGCCUCAGCCCCGAGGUGGACGCGCGCAAACGCCAGACCGGCGUGCACCACAACGAGGCCAAUCCGCGCUUCGAUCAGCACUUCAAGUUCCCCGUGAGCCAGGACGAGCUGCAGGACAAGACGCUGCUGCUGCAGGUGCUCGACGACGAUCGCUUCUCGCGCAACGACGUGGUCGGCUCGCUGCGGGUCGCCCUCGACGGCCUCGACAUCUCCAGCCGGGGCGGCGUCGAGCUCUGGGGCGAGGUCAGUCGCGAGCGCAAGCCCCCCGAGGAGAAGCAGGAGGUCUGCCUGUCGCUCAGCUACCUGCCCCAGGCCGGCCGACUGGCCAUGACGCUGCACAAGGCCCGCAACCUCUUUCCACUGCCCGGCAAGCAAAGUCUCGACGCCUUCGUCAAGGUCGGCCUCAUAAGCGGCGAGAAGCGCGUCAAGAAGAAGAAGACGAGCGUGCGCAAGGCGACCCGCUGCCCCGACUGGAACGAGGCCUUUACCUUCUCCGUGGCCCAGUCGGCUCUGGCCACCUCGGCCAUCGAGAUCUGCGUGCUCGACUCGAGCAGCCAGGAGAGCAGCAGCGGCCACGCGGUCAUCGGCUCGUGCAUCGUCGGUCCGGGUCUGGGCCAGGCCGGCCUCGACUCGGGCACGAGCAAUCCCAGUGUCGAGCACUGGCAGCUCAUGAUACAGUCGCCGCGCGAGAACAUCACCAUGUGGCACACUCUGCACUGAACUCCAUAUAUAAUUAUUAUUAUUAUUAUUUAUACUUAUUACAAAUAAUUUAUUGCGCGGUCGCGACGACUCGCUUUACAAAAUUAUAUGAUAUUAUGC